AUGUCCGCAAUCUCUGAUAAUGAAAUGGAAGCAGAUGUUAUAUCUAGAAACCUUUGUGGUGUUGUCGAUAUAGGCUCUAAUGCUGUUCGUUUCAGUAUAUCUUCAAGAGCACCACACCACUCAAGGAUAAUGCCAUGUGUUUUCAAGGAUAAACUAGGGGUUUCUCUUUUUGCUGUACAAUAUCCACAUGAUUCCAUGGAACAAUGCCCCAUUCCAGCUCCCGUAAUUAAAGAAGUUUGCCUAGCAAUGCAAAGAUUUAAAUUAAUAUGUGAAGAUUUUGGAGUACCUCAGCGUAGUGUACGAGUCAUUGGUACCCAAACUGUUACAGAAGCCAUUAAUGCUAAGGAGUUUGUUGAGGCCGUUCGUGAAUCUACCGGCUGGGAAGUUGAUCUUUUGUCAUUAGAAGAUGAAGGCUCAGUUGAGGCAUAUAGUGUAAUAUCGUCAUCUGAUACAGUCAGUGGGUUUUUAAUUGAUAUGGGCAUUCAUAGUUGCAUCUUAUCUUGGAUUAAAUCUGUCGAUGGAGAAGCUACAAUAUCAAAAACUGCUGUGUCAUUGCCAUACGGUACAGGGGUUUUAGCCAAAAGAUGUACAAAUGAAGAUAGGAUGAAAUUGUUUCUUGAAAUUAAGCAAGCAUUUAAGGAAGCCUUCUCAAAAAUUGGAAUUCCACAAGAUAUGUUAGAUGUGGCAGAGAUAAAUGGCGGUUUUGAUUUAUUUACCUCUGGUGGCGGUUUAAGGUGUUUGGGACAUUUAUUACUAUCUCAACUGAAAGAGUAUCCUAUUCAAACAAUUAUUAAUGGGUUUUCAUGUUCCUUCGAAGAAUUUUCGUCUGUUUGUGAUUACUUGUUCUUAAAAAAUAAACUUCCGGGCAAUAACGAAACAAAAAUAUUUAAAGUCUCUGAAAGAAGAGCAGCACAAUUACCAUCUACUGGCUUGCUGAUGAGUGCAGCCUCAGAAGCAUUCCCAAAAAUUAAAUCAGUUCAUUUUGUGGAUGCAGGUAUUAGAGAAGGAACAUUAUAUGAACAACUACCAAAAGAAAUACGUGCACAAGAUCCAUUAAUAAUUGCUACAAGGCCAUACGCACCUUUAUUAGCAGAAAAAUACCUUAGCGUUUUACGAUCUGCUCUUCCAGAAGACGAUGUUCCUUUUAUGGUCUACAACAGAAUAGCACCAGCACUAUGUAAUUUAGCAUUUGUUCAUUCUUCAUACCCAAAAGAGUUACAGCCAACAGCAGCUCUUCAUGUUGCUACUUCUGGUAUCAUAUCUGGGACGCAUGGUCUAUCUCAUAGAGUACGAGCAAUGAUUGGAAUAGCAUUGUGUGAUAGAUGGGGGGGAGAUAUACCUGACACGGAGAUCACAUUUAUGCGUGAAUUGGAAGAAAUAGUUCUUCGUGAUGGUAAUAAAAACCAAAGAAAAAGAAUUAUUUGGUGGACGAAAUACAUUGGAACUAUAAUGUUUGUUGUUUGUGGUGUACAUCCAGGCGGAAAUAUACGAGAUGGCUAUUUAGAUUUCAAAAUUCGUCAAGUUACUGAACCCACACACUUAAACAAUAAAGUAUCAAAACUAACUAUCGAUGAAAAGCUUGCACGUACAUUAUCUAAUAACAAAUCCACAAGAGGUGCACAUCCAGACUCGAGAAGUUAUGAAGUAAUUGUAAAGAUAGGAAAAGAUGAUUUGAAAACUAGUGCAUCAGUACGGGCAAGAAUAAUUACUUUACAGAAAAAGAUUAGAAGACUAUCAAAGGGUAGUUUGGAUAAAGUAAGAGUUGGAAUCCAAUUUAAUGAAGACUAA